AUGUCCGCCCCUGCGAAGAAGGCUGUGAUGACGAACGAGAAGCCUCUUCCCAGCGAAAAGACGAAUAUUGCCGGCAAGGUCAAGACAGGCAGCUGGGAGCAGCGGCUACAGCAGCGCAAGCGCCUCGCCGAAGUCAAGCAGCGCGAGCGCGAGAUGGCACAGGAGAAGGAGGACGAGGCCCAACGCAAGCGCGAGGUCCGCCGCGAGCGCGAGCGCAAGGCGCAGGAAAAGGCGCGUCUGGAGGAAAUGGCUUCCAAGAUGAGCAGGAAAAAGGCUCUGCGCCACGCGCGCCGUAUGGGCCGCACCAAGAAGGUGUCGCACUAG